AACCUCUCUCUGGAGAAAUCUCUAUAAGAAGAGAGAAAAUAAGGACCACCAUCUCAAAAAUAUGGAGAUGAAGGAGGGCACUGCAGCAUCUCCAGAACCAAGCAGUGUGUCUAUAAAGAGUAAGGAGUCCAUGCUAGAUCGUCCUAAUUUCAGUGAUGAAGCAGUGAACUCUGAGCCCAGGCAGCUCUGCACAAAACAAAUCCUGCUGGAGGAAACUGAAGACCUGCAUCAGGAUUCUCAUCAACAAGUGAGAAUCGUUCUGCAGAGAGUCAAAGACCAAUACAAAACCAGCAUGAAGAACAAAUAUGAAAGUUUAUUUGAGGGAAUCAAACAACAAGAAAAUCAAACCCUCCUGAAGAGGAUUUACACACAACUGUACAUUAUAGAGGGAGAGAGUGAAGGAGUGAAUGAAGAACAUGAGCUUUUACACAUGGAGAAAAACAUCAGAACACAACAAUUACAAGACAAAACAAUCUACUGCAAUGACAUCUUUAAACCCUUACCUGAACCAGAAGAUAAACCAGAGAAAAGAAGAAGAAAAGAAGAAAUCAAGAACGUUCUUACUAAAGGCAUCGCUGGAAUUGGAAAAACCGUCUCUGUACAGAAGUUCAUUCUGGAUUGGGCCGAGGGAACAGCCAAUGAGGAUGUCGAUUUUAUGUUUGUGUUUCCAUUUCGAGAGCUGAACUUAAUUAAAGAUCAUCAGUACAGUCUUCACAAACUUCUGGUUGACUUUCAUCCCGAACUUCAAGAUCUGGACUCAAAGAUGUAUCACGAGUGUAAAGUGGUGUUCAUCUUUGAUGGUCUGGAUGAAAACAGAAUGACACAGAUGUUUUUAGACUGUGAGAAAGUGUCUGAUGUGACUGAGACUUCAUCAGUGGCUGUGUUGAUAUCAAAUCUCUUGAAAGGAGAUCUGCUUCCCUCUGCUCUCAUCUGGAUCACCUCCAGACCGGCAGCAGCCAAUCAAAUCCCAUCUAAAUACAUCAACCGUGUGACAGAAAUCCAGGGAUUCAAUGACAUGCAAAAGGAGGAAUACUUCAUGAAGAGAAUCAGUGAUGAACAUCAAGCCAACAGAAUCAUCUCACACAUUGGAAGAUCAAGAAGUCUGCACAUCAUGUGUCACAUACCAGUCUUCUGUUGGAUUUCAUCCACUGUUCUUCAAAACAUCUUGAAUCAAGAUAAUGAGAGAGCAGAAAUCCCCAAAAGUCUGACUGAAAUGUACAUCCACUUCCUGCUGAUUCAGAUGAAUAUGAAGAAUCAGAAGUAUGAUGAGAGAGAUCCAGAGAAACUCCUGCAGUCCAACAGAGACUUGAUUUUAAAACUGUCUGAACUGGCUUUCAAACAGCUAAUGAAGGGUAAUGUGAUGUUUUAUGAGGAGGAGCUAAGAGAAUGCGGCAUAGACAUCACUGACGCCUCAGUGUAUUCUGGGAUUUGUACAGAGAUCUUUAAGGAGGAAUCUGGGAUUCAUCAGAGGAAAAUCUACUGCUUCAUACAUCUAAGCUUUCAGGAAUUUCUGUCUGCUCUCUAUGCAUUUUAUUAUUAUGUCACAAAAAAUGUUGACACACUACAGUUUCAUGAUGUUGUUCAUAGUCUGCAUAGAGAUACAGUAGAUAAAGCUCUUCAGAGUAAAACUGGACAUCUGGAUCUUUCCUUGCGAUUCAUGCUGGGCAUCUCACUGAAGUCCAAUCAGAGACUCUUACAGGAUCUACUGACACACAUGGUUGACACCACAGAAACUAUGAAGAAAACCACACAUUACAUCAAGGAUAAAAUUAAACAGAAUAAUCUCUCAGCUGAAAGAUCCAUCAAUCUGUUUCUGUGUCUUCUUGAAGUGAAUGAUCGGACUCUGUACAGAGAGAUUGAAGAGUUUGUAAGAUCGGAUAAACACUCAGAGAAGAAACUCUCUGCUGCUCACUGUUCAGCAAUAGCCUACAUGCUUCAGAUGUCAGAGGAGGUGUUGGAUGAGCUGAAUCUGAAGAAAUACAACACAACACUGGAGGGGAAAAUAAGACUCAUACCAGCUGUCAGCAACUGCACAAGAGCUAUACUUACUGACUGUAAUCUCACGGUUGAGUGCUUUAAAAUUGUUGCUUCAUUUCUGCAAUCCUCAAACUCACCCGUGAGAGAGCUGGACCUGAGUAACAAUGACCUGAAGGAUUCAGGAGUGAAGCUCAUCUCUGAUGCUCUCAAAAGUCACAACUGUAAACUACACACACUGAGAUUAUCAGGUUGUAUGGUGACAGAUGAAGGUUGUUGUUGUUUGGCUUCCGCUCUGAGUUCAAACCCAUCAUCACACCUGAGAGUGCUGGAUCUGAGCUACAAUCACCCACAACACUUAGGAGUUCAGGUGCUCUCUCAAAGACUCAAUGAUCCGAAGUGUACACUGGAGACACUCAAUUUGGAACAUGGAGGAGCAUUCAGAAUUAAAGCAGGACUACGCAAGUAUGCCUGUGAUCUCCGACUGAAUCCAAACACAGCAAACUCUAAUCUCAUGCUGUCUGAGGAAAACAGAAAAGUGACAUGUGUGCAUGAUCCACAGCCGUAUCCUGAUCAUCCAGAGAGAUUUAAUGAGUGUGCUCAGGUUAUGUGUGAAGAGACUCUGACUGAACGCUGUUACUGGGAGGUUGAAUGGGAUACCUGGACUCGUGUAGCAGUGACCCAUAAAGAUGUUAACAGAAAAGAAGGGAUGAAUAGUUUGUUUGGGAAUGAUGAUAAAUCCUGGUGUCUUUUCUGUACUCAUGAUGGAUUUACCACCUGGCAUGAUAGUAAGAAAACAGACAUACCCGCUCCUUCACCUUGCUCUAAUAGAGUAGGAGUUUAUCUAGACUGGUCAGCUGGCACUUUGUCCUUCUACAGCGGCUCAGUAGAAACACAAACACUCAAACACUUACACACAUUCAACACAAAAUUCACUGAACCUCUAUAUGCUGGAUUUAUGGUUCGUUACGGAGCGUCUCUAUGUCAGAUUUAACUUCAUGUGAGCUUUCCGAGCAGGCAGUGAUGCGAAUAGUACAUAAAAAUCAUUUCAUCAGUAAAAUAUUGUAAACAAAUAAGUAGGACUUUCUAUUUCAGCAUUUUUUAGUUGGUGCAUUUUGUUAAGACCACUGCAGGAUUAGGACUUUCACAGUCCAUUGUAGGGUCCCAGCCGUGUCUCCCUACAAGAACAUUGUGGAGAUAUGGGGUGUGAUAUUUUGACUCUGGAUGACUAGCGUGUACACUCAAAACACCCUUGCAUCUAAGUUUUAAUUAUUUAUUUAGUAAUAUUUUUCAUAAUUAAAGGGCGCGGUGCAUGAUUUUUUAAAAACACUUUGGAAAAUGGAGUCGGGCCGACUACCAAAACACACUUGUAGCCAAUCAGCAGUAAGGGGCGUUUCUAACUAACAUUGUUGCCUGGUUUGUGUAUGUGUGGGGCGGGUCUAUCAAAAGAAGGUCAAGAUUCAAUUGGGGUAGGGGCGUGUUUGUUUAGCUGAUUUGUAUAAAAUGUAUAAAUAUAACUGUCAAUGUACAAAAUAUUGCAUAUGUAAACUAGAUGAAUACAGAAAACUACUAUAAAUCAAUAAAAAGGCUUUUGAGUUGGACCACAUACAGUAAAGUGGACAUUUCAUGAAUCUGUAUGAUUUAUGAUCUAUAUUUUAUAUACAGAUGUGACAUACACUACAUUAAUGGAUAAGUGCAGGAGUCAGAUGAGUUUAAAUACAACAGAUCUGCUCCAGUGUAUUUACUGUAAGUUAGAGAGUCAGCAAAAAUAUCCUUAU